GUUAUGUUCGGGAUAUUGUAACUAUGGCAACUGCAGUUACAAGCUAACAGAAAACGGCGACAGGGAAAUAAACAACAAAAUAUGAUAUAUUAAUUCAUAUCUGGAGACGGUUUGACAUUUUUUGGGGUGAUAAAGUUAACUAAUAUAGCACAAAACUUUUUUUUUUAUUCAAGUUUUUUACUUUCCUCAUCCCUUCGCAGCGUUUUCUGUCGAAUCUGAUAACAUCUCUUAUGUCUGACAUUCAGGAAAGUGAAGAUGUUAAAACUCAAGGCGAAGGACCUAUUAAAGUAUCCUACAUUUUUCCCAAUGGGGACAAAUAUGAGGGGGAGUGCAGCAUGUGUGCAGGUGUGAUGAUGAGAAGCGGUACCGGUACACACACCUCCGCAGGGGGCAUCAUAUACACAGGAGAGUGGCUGGAAGACAAAAUGCAUAGCAGAGGGACCCUGAAUCAUCCCUCUGGAGCACUCUAUGAAGGAGAAUUCAAAGACAACAUGUACCAUGGCACGGGAAGAUAUACCUUUCCAGAUGGCUCUACUUACAAGGGUCCCUUCAACAAGAACAGGUUGGAGGGAGACGGGGCGUUCACUGACACACAGGGACUGGUUUGGACGGGGGAGUUCCACGGGAAAGCAGCGCUGGGCCUGAAAAUGCUGCACAACAUUUAGGCAAAACAUCAUUGUACUGGAAUGUCUGAAUCACUAUAUGAUCUACAUUCAAAUUAAAUUGUAUAGGAAAAGACUCAUCUAAAAGUACUUAUUUUUUCUGUACUUCCUUCUGACAGAAAGACCUGUAUUUCUGCAAAGAGCUUAAAGGGGCCCUAUCAUUUCAUAUAUGUAUUUUUUGCCUCUACUGUGACAUAUUUA